GAGAGAUGGUAGGUGGGAGGGAGGGAUAGAAGGAGGUGAGAGAAAUGGUCCAUAGUGUAUAUAAAGGAAACGGAGAGUAACAGUUGUGUAGUUCAGGUAAACUGGAGCUCCACCCUCUUGUUCUUGCACUCUCUCAAAUUUGUCUGACAAAAGGAUUUUAGGCAGCUCCGUUCUACUUCCCUGUACAAGGACACCACUACGCAGUCACAGAGAGAAAAGGCUUUUCAAAAAUGUUGGCGACCCUAGAAACUAGCUGCUACAUCCAUGACUAUGGGCCUCGAGACAUUGCCUCCUCCCCUAAGACAGUGGAGGUGGACCUGGAUGUGAUUGAAGAGUACCUGAAGGAGCAUUCAAUGGAGGUCUCAUCUGGUGCAUGUGUGCAGAGCAGCAGUGAGGAGGCACAUUACUGCAUCCAAGAGGGCUGGGCUGCACACCAUGGACACUAUGAAUGGCAUUAUGGUGUCCCUCCCACUACAAAAGAAAACUGCCAUGAGCAACAUGCUCCACAACAAGCCUGGUACCCUCACCCCAGGACAAAUGAAUGGGUGCAUGGCCUGUUUGCAACAGCAGCAUACAGUGACUCCGACUCUCAGUCCAGCAACUCUGGGUAUCAGGAGUGCCCCCCAUCACCCCCCUCUGGGUAUCAGGAGUGCCCCCCAUCACCCCCCUCUGAUAAGAUGGGACACAAAGACAGUGAACCUCUGCCCCUGGCUUCCCUAACAGGCAAGAGAAAGGAGCGUCUGUUCCAGUUCCUGUACGAGAUGCUGGAGACUCCCGAGAUGCGCAGCUGCAUCUGGUGGGUGCAGUCGGCGAACGGCACCUUCCAGUUCUCCUCCCAGAACAAGGAGAGGCUCGCCCAGAUGUGGGGCCGCCGCAAGGGCAACCGUAAGACCAUGACCUACCAGAAAAUGGCGCGGGCCUUGCGCAACUACUCGCGCACUGGUGAAAUCCACAAGGUGAAGCGCAAACUCACCUAUCAGUUCACUGAGGACACCCUCAAAGGCCUUCAGCGAGACGCUCAGUCAAUUAUGGGAAGUUAAAGUCAUCUAUCCAGGCCAAGAUGUUCAGUCAUGUACAUAAAUACUGAGUAUUUGCAAAGAAAAUGGUUAAGGAAACGGAUUGUUUAUUUCUUAAGUUGCAUCUUUGUAAUUUAAGAUGAUUAUUUUGAGGGAGGUGUGUUGGGGUUUGAUGACACAUUUCUGGAUGAUAAAGGAGGUAAUCUUCAUGAAGGGCCCAUAUUAAUUUAUGAAAUUGGUGGAAAAUCAUUGGUCCAUUGGCUCUACAAUUUGUAAAUCUGAGGAUUGUUGACAAAUAUUAUGCUACGUUAUAAGUAGUUUUUAUUUUGGUAUUUUUAUUUUUUUGUAAAUAUGUCUGUUUGUACUUUGUGUAUUAUUAUUCAUCUAUAUCAUCUUAUCCUGAAAUCAAGUAAAAAAUUGUUGAUCCGGA